AUGACACAAUUCUCUCUUAUGCCCCAACCUUACAAUGCAUUCCUGCGGGCUAUUAUCACCAACCCAGUUCGAGCCAAGCAUGUUGAAGAGCUCCACACAUCAAAUGUAUCCGAAGAUGACCCUCGUGAAAUUCCAGAGGACAACAUCCAAUUCUUCCAGUCAGCAGUCUCGAAACUCUCACUUUCUGACGAACUCAAAGAUCGCCUAAAUGAGGGAAUAAAGGAAAGGCACAGUGACCCGAUGCUGGCUCUUCUACUCUGCAAGCUACCCAAUCUGAAGAAUCUAUUCCUAUACCGACCUGAUAUCUGCGACAUGAUAUGUGAGCUUAUUAAGCACGCCAAUUCGGGCAAAUUUUCCGGUCUUGACAAGCUCCAACGAUUCUCCAUAAAAACCAUCAACGUUUUCUGUGAUGUGGGAACUGUUCGAGACUAUGGGGGCGUUUUUAAUAUGGCGCACGAGGUGCAAAUCGUGCAGCUAAAUGAUGAGACUAUGAGUCCAUCCCGAUUCCAAUAGGGCUCAUCUGCAGUUGAGCAUCUUCAUAUCCUCGAGAGUGGUAUGGGAACUGAUGC